UUGUUUCAAUAUUCAUUCGAAUCCUACUGAAGCAGAAUGGCCUCAGCAUCGUCAACCACGUCGCCGCUGAGAAUGACGAUGAUGCCGGACCCAAACAUGAAGCCAUUAACCCUAGAUGAUAAGCAGAUAUUAGGACUGGUUUACGAUUGCUAUGUCGUCAACAAACCUGGCGAAACCUUCGAUCCUGAGGCUCUUUUCAGUGUCGUCUCUGACAUUUUUAUUCGUUCAUUUCGUACUGCUGAUCCCAGCAUCAAGUACGAUCCACUAGAGCAGGUCGACAAGACUUAUCUUGCAAAUCUGGAGCCACCGACAGAUUUACUCAAGCGUUUUGCUUGUCAGAUGAGGGAGACACAACAUCAUGAGUACCACACAAACGCACACCAAACAACAAUGGCGAUACUAAAAGCUUUAGAGUCAUAUUCAUGGUGUGCAAAAGCAGUGACAGCACUGGCAGCUUUUGCUUUAGAGUAUGGAAUUUUCUGGCAUCUCUAUGACCAGAGACUUCAGAGACAAGACAGCCUCGGAAACUCACUAGCUGUGUUGAGUCAUGUUCAUCAUGCCGCCCUCAACCAGAGGGACAUCUCCGACUACAACGUUGUCGUGAAACAUGUCUUCGUCACCGUCGAACACAUCGUUAGGUUGGAGAGGAUCAUGAAAACUUAUGAUGGCAAGAACAUUCCAACACUUGAAAAAGCCAUGCAUGAGUUUCCUGCUUUCGUUUACUGGACUGUCCUCACCAUUGUUAUUUUGGCUACUCAUAUCAAUAUUCUCUUCGGUUAUCCGAUGGGCAAGUAUAAAUUAUCCGAUAUUGGCAGCAAGAUUUCCACCAUUGACAUUAAGCUAAAGGAUUAUCUAACCCAGAUAGACAUGCAGAAAGCCUUCAUAGAUGACUAUAGAUCACGUGACAGAGUAGGGUUUCAGACUCCCACAGAAAUCGUCCAAGUCCUGAAGUGUCUUCUUUUCCCCAGAGAUUUGGAGAACCCACAUGUCUAUGAUGGCUCCACUGGAUCAAUGGUGAGCAUCGAAGUGUUCCGGAUGAACCACGUGUUGCUGUUUGUUUCAGGGCUGUACAGUAUCGAUGAUGAGACAAAUCUUCUGAGAGAAAUUCACAAAGGACUGAAACAAAGCGAUCCAAGAGUGGUGAAAGGGUUCAAAAAAGAUGAGUUCAAGAUAUUGUGGGCCCCAAUUGUUGAUGAAGAAGAGCAAGAUCAUCGUACUCUCACAUCAUCAUCAUCAUCCAUGAUCAUGAGGAGGCAGCAAUUCGAAGAGAUGAAGAGGAAGAUGAACUGGUACGUAGUGGACUACACGAUUAUUCCUCCGAUAUGCAAGAGGCUGAUCAGAGAUAGGUUGAAGUAUCAGAAUAAUCCUAUCGUGCCCGUGUUUAAUCCUCAAGGUAGACUCACAAAUGACGAUGCGUUGCACAUGUUGUUCACUUGGGAACUUCUUGCUUUUCCUUGGCGCAAAGGUGAUGAUUUGGCUCUUACUCAGAAAUGGAACUGGAUUUGGACUGACAUGAAGAAAAGUAAUCCCCAGAUCAAUAAUUGGAUCAAGGAUGACGCAUACAUCAUUAUCUAUGGACGCACAGAAGCGGACUGGUACGAUGAUCAAUGGUUAAAAAAGAUGCCAGAAGCACUGGAAAGAAUCAAAGCUGAUGAGAUCAUAAGAAGAUUCGACAUUCGCAUAAAUCACUCUCACCAUGGCAAGGGAGACAAAGAACGUCACACAGUUUCUAAAUUCUGGUCUUACAUCGAAAGCACAUUCGACAGCAUGAAAAGGAUGAAGAAGACGACUGAGGAUGAUGUCGACGGCGACACGUUCAAUCAAGUUAAGUCCUUCCUCGGACUCCGACAAGAACACUCAGGUUGGGUUAUUCUGAGUAAAGGGCCAAACAUUAAGCUUCUUGGUCGCGGGAACUUGUUUUAUCAGACACUUCAUGAGUUUGAUUCAUGGAAGCAAAACAUAGAGCAAGAUUCUGGGUUUGACGUGUCUCUGAAAAACUACUAUGAAUCUCUCUUGUCAAAGCUGCCACAUCAUGCUGCUCAUUGUCGUCAGAUGGUGUUGAAGAAUUAUCUGAGUAAUAUCUAUGAUCCUGUUUAUUGCCCUGAUUGUGGACUUCAAAUGAACUUACGCUUAGCAGAAUACACUUGCUGUCAUGGACAUCAAGAUGAUGAUCAAGUUAAUAAUAUUGCCGAUACUGGUGGUGGUGAUGUUGAGAUUAUGAGGUAGGAUUUGAUGAUGGAAGAGCAAGGGAGAAAAGUUUGAGAGAGAAAUGGGAAGAGAAUGGUGAAUCUAAUUAUCAAAUCGGGGUUAAACUUUUCGUUACCUUUGUUUGGAAUGAAAAGAAAAUAGGGAGGAGCGAAAACUAAAAGGAAAAAAGACAUUACCCUUGUUUUAUCCCAAAUUUCUUUCUAGGAAGGGAUAAAACUGAAGGAAAAACUUUAUCCUAAGAAGGAAAAUUGUCUCUUUUCUCUCCUUUCUAUUUUCUUCCCAUUCCAAAUGGAAGGUUCAGAUUUUUUUGGUCCUGGCCUUGUUCAAAUGCACACAAAGAAAGCCUUGAUGGACUAGAAAAUUUCAAUCGGAGAGAGUCCGAAUCGGUAGACAUGGGGUCCACCUUUCUCUUCCUAGCUAUCUCUCCCAAAUUUCUCAACCCUAAAGUAUUAUUCAUGAAGGUUCUAACUUGUGUGUGUUUUUCAUUAAGUAGUUACUAUAAAUGUUUAAUGUUUGACCAGCUCCUCUACAUAUAUGUUUAUUGGUUUAGUGAUGGCGUUAGGAUGUGUGUAUGUGUGACUUAAGUAUCUCUUUGAUGUUCCAUCAUCAGGUUUAGAAUAAUGACUUCAAAUCUUGUAUUUGUUAUGAUGUAAAAGUUGUGCGUCAAUAUGAUUCACUGACAAUAAAUUCGUACUUUAAGUUUUUUUUUGUUA